CCAAACCUAUACCACCCAACUAAACCAAACACCUCCUCCAUCCCAAAGGGAAAAAAGAAUCAAAAUGUCCACAGCCGCGAAAACAACCACAACCUACCGCGCCCUCCUCCGCGAACUCCCCCGCCGGACCCUCUCCACUCCCACUCCUCUCCAACACCGCCUCCGCGACAUGUACAUCAGCAACAACAACAACAGCCAACAGGGUGUUGUGGACGCAGACGCACAAGAAUCCCUCCGCCAACAUCGUCUCGACCAGGCAAACCAGUUCGCUAUCUACGCUAAAGCCCAGCGCGUGUAUGCCGAGCUCGUCGAGAGAUAUAACCCCGGUACUACCCUCGAUGAGGAGGAGAGGAUUCGGUUGACGGCUAGACGGGUCGGGUGGGAUUUGCCUGUUGAGGCGGGGAAGGAGAAGGAUGAAUGAACUGAUUUUUUGGGGGUGUUUGGGGGAAUAGAGAUGAGGCUUGGGGUGGGGAUUUGUGGAUAGGUGGAUGGAUGGAGGGUAGAGGAUGGGAUAAAAUAAGUCAUGGGUGGAGUUUUGGGUGUAUAUUUAUCUCUGAAUUUGUGGUUCAUUUGUGGCUUUUGUGCUUGGAAUUGGGGGGGUUUGUAUGAUAUUUUGUAUGUAUGAUAUGUUUGGGAGGAGGGUUGUAUUAUAGAUAACUGUG